CUGCGAUGACGCCUUCUGGAACUGGAGCAACGCCUUUCCAGAGCACAUAUGAGCCUCCGAUUUCAAUUGCGAUACCAGCGACACCAGUCCUCACGCCACCACCUCCAAUGAGCAUGCUAUCGACAAUUAUUGAAACCACCAGUACAGCCAUUGCCAGCAGCCCCACGCCAUCAACAACUACCACUACAACUCAGGCGCCGUUACCAGACGGAUCGCUGCUGUGCACACUAAGGGCAGGCUUCCGGAGGUCAACGUACAAGUUUCCACCCGAUGGACUCUGCACCAUCAUCACGUUUGACUCGUUGUACAAGGAAGAUUACACAUUGGCACCGCCCUACAAGGAAGACUUCCAAUACUUCAUAGAAACGUCUGCGCAGGCACAGAUAUCUGAAUUUGGCAUCGGUAUCGAGCAGGAGUAAGUGCAUCGACAUUGAUGGCAGUGACCCUAGAAGAGUUGCAGCCUGCUCUCUUAAGAGAAAAAUUUAACUGUGGAACUUCCAUUUAAGUAAAUAACAACGCAGAAAUCAUUUUUAUAGGCAACACUGCAGCAAUUCGUAGUAUUUUUGGCGUGUUUAAACACAAGUUGAAAUGUACAGACUGCCUGACGCAGCUUAGGCUUAGAUGCCAUUAUCUUUUUCUAAAUAUUGUUAAGUAUUGCGCAGCUAAAAAAUAUAACAGAACUCAAGUGUGAUGUUCAAGACCGUGCAACUCAGCAAUUAAAAAGAAGACAUGAUAGAUUAAUAAAGUGCACCUACGAAUACUUCUCAUCA